AUGUCAAACUUUGCACCAUUGAAAAACGAUUUAAUUCUUAGGGCCGCCAAGGGGGAAAAAGUAGAAAGACCUCCAAUUUGGAUCAUGAGACAAGCAGGACGUUAUUUACCAGAAUAUCAUGAAGUCAAAGGAGAUAGAGAUUUUUUCCAAUGUUGUCAAGAUGCAGAAAUUGCCUCAGCAAUUACCAUCCAACCUGUUGACCAUUUUGAUGGAUUAAUUGAUGCUGCUAUUAUUUUCAGUGAUAUCUUAGUCAUCCCACAAGCAAUGGGUUUUGAUAUAAAAAUGGUAGAUGGUAAAGGACCAGUUUUCUCCGAUCCAUUAAGAAAACCAGAAGAUUUAGAUAGAAUCGAUUUAAACCCAGACGUUAAAACUAAAUUAGCAUGGGCUUAUAAAGCAAUUACUUUAACUAGAACAAAAUUAAAUGGUAGAGUUCCACUUUUAGGAUUUGUUGGUGCUCCAUGGACUUUAUUGGUUUAUAUGACUGAAGGACAAGGUUCAAAAAUGUUUAGAUUUGCUAAAGAAUGGAUUUUCAAAUAUCCUGAAGCUGCUCAUAAACUUUUACAAGCUACUUCUGAUGCAUGUGUUGAAUUUUUAGCUCAACAAGUUGUUGCUGGUGCUCAAAUGGUCCAAAUUUUCGAAUCCUGGGCUGGCGAAUUAGGUCCUGAUGAAUUUAAUGAAUUUGCAUUACCUUAUUUAAGACAAAUUUCUGCUAAAUUACCACCUAGAUUGAAAGAAUUGGGUAUUGAAGAAAAAAUCCCAAUGACUGUUUUUGCCAAAGGUGCUUGGUACGCUUUAGAUGAUUUGUGUGACUCUGGAUAUGACUGUGUUUCUCUUGAUUGGUUAUACAAACCUGAAGACGCCGUUAAAGUUGUCAAUGGUAGAAGAAUUACUUUACAAGGUAACUUGGAUCCUGGUGUUAUGUAUGGUUCAGAUGAAGCUAUUGCUAAAAAAGUUGAAAAAAUGUUGAAAGGAUUUGGUAAACAAAACUAUAUUAUUAACUUCGGACAUGGUACUCAUCCAUUCAUGGACCCAAAGAAGAUUGAAUAUUUCUUACAACAAUGUCAUAAAGUAGGUGAGUCAUUAUAG